UUCCUACCUUUUAGCACCUUAAAACGAUCUGGCAGCGCCACACGAAAAUGGCGAACACGAGCACUCCGAUGAACGACGAGCUGAAAAAAUAAUUAUUAUUUUAAAUUCCGUUUUGCCAACGAAAUUCGGUGCGUGCGCGAAAAAGAGUGCGGAAAAGCGCGGUUGGGAAAUUUGUUAAGCAGCGUCAACAUAAUGCUACAAUCAAAGUGCGCCGCCAAUGAAAAUGGUUAGCCAAAUGGCAAAAAAUAUGUAGCGACAGCGUGCCCAGCCAUAGAAAAUCAAAUAGAAUAAAAUUAAAGUUUUUGCUUUGCGAAUUAUGAAAAACCAAUCGCAAUGCGUGUGUGUGUGUACGUCGUGUGGUGCGUGCGCGCGUGUGUGUGCCAGCGAGUGUAGAAGUAGGAGGCGUAGCAAGAAAUAAAAAAUUAAAGCGAACCAACAAAAUUUAUUAAAAACGAUAAAAUAAAGUGAACAAACGAAAAAAGCAAACAAAAAAAAAAAGAAGAAUACAAAAAAACAAGAAAAGCAGCAGCAAAAACAACACAAAACUGGCGGUAAAUACGCAUGCAGUACAAAAAACCAGCAAGAACAACAACAAAACGCAACGUAACGGGAACUCUUUGACGUAUUUCCUCUAUUAUUAUGCAAAAAGGCAGGCGGCAAAUUGCAGCAGCAGCGAAAAUCAAAUAUAAAUAGCGAAAAGGAGGAUAAAAGGACAAACACAACGUGUUAAACACGUGAGAAACGUAUAAACAAAAACCGGAAAUCAACAAGAAAGUUUGAGAGAAAAGAAAAUCCCAUUAAAAUGGCAGCGGUACGAGGACAUCAGUAUUUCAGCCUUCGCUGGAAUAACUAUCAGAAUACGAUGACGUCAGUAUUCCAACAGCUACGGGAGGAUCUGUCCUUUGUGGACGUAACCCUGUCCUGUGAACAUGGAUCCUUAAAGGCGCAUAAGGUUGUUCUCUCCGCCUGUUCGACGUAUUUCCAAAAACUACUGCUGGAAAAUCCAUGCAAACAUCCCACAAUCAUCCUGCCCGCCGAUAUUAUCUUCACCGAUCUAAAAACCAUUAUCGAUUUUGUUUAUCGCGGAGAAAUCGAUGUCACCGAAUCGGAAUUACAGGGCCUCUUACGUACCGCCGAGCAGCUAAAGAUCAAAGGCCUCUGCGAAACCGCCGAGAACGCGGAUGACCUGAACGACGCCGCCACAGCAACGAUCACAGUUUCAGAGAACAUACAGCAGGCGGUUGUUGGUAAUAUUGUGAAUGCCACCAUAGUUCCCGGAGCACCAUCGCCUUCGUUGGAACAACAACAACAACAGCAGCAGCAGCAGCAACAGCAACACCACCACCAGCAGCAACAACAGCAGGCACAGGAGCAACAUCAGCAACAGCAGGUGCAUGCCCAGCAACAACAACAACAGCAGCAGCAACAAAUCAACGCUGCUCUGCUUACACAACCCGUGCAAUUGCUUAGCUCAUCGGCCAGCGGCAGUAGCGGAAGUUCAGCCGGCGGACAGCAGGCAGGACAGACGUCAGGUUCCGGUUUGCAGCCAACGCCGCGCAAGACUAGACUAAAGCGCUCGAAAUCGCCAGAUUUGCCAACGGGCGGAGGAGGAGCAGGAAGCUCAAGUAGCAGCUCAUCGCAACCGCAGCCGGCGCAUCAUCACCACCACCCGCAAACCAUUCUCAUUCAGGGCCAAAAUCCAAACUCUAUUGUUAGCCUACAGCAGACGGCCGACGGGAAUUAUAUACCAGUGUCAGGAACUGGUGAAGAUUCCGACGUCGAAGAGCACGAUCACGAACACGGUCACGGGCACGGAGGACAUUCGCACGGACACGGUCACGAUCACGAGCACGAGAAUAAGCCGAAUAAGAUCUGCAAAACCGAGCAAUCGGUGGCAUCGCCGGCGUCAAAUUCAUCCAGCGCCUCGAACAAUGCAGCGGGCGUGAGCGGCGUGACAUCCACCGGCCAAGCCAUCGUCACACAAAUUGUAGUAGCGCGCGACGGAAAAGAUACAAAAAAUAUGACUAGUUUAGGCAUGGGCAUGAACGGCGGCCUGUUGGGCGUGCCCAUGGGAUUCCUGGACUUCACACCCGAGCCACCAGCACCAUCUGCCACCCCAGUCACCGUCACGGAACACGUCGAUCUGUCCUGCAAUCCCAGCACGGACACUCGCGAUCUAUCAAAUCCCACCGAACCGCUCGAUAUAGACAAUCAUCUGGCUCAGCAGAUCCAUCGACUCGAUCAGUCCCCCAUGCACUCGAUAUCGCAUCACCAUACAGGCGAUGAGAGCAACUCGAAUCUGGUGCAGCACAUCAAAAGCGAAGUGAUCGACGCCAAGCACCUGGCAGCGGCCCAACAGCAUGCACUUAGCCAGGCCCAGCAGCAACAUGCCCAUCAUCAGGCCCACCAACAGCAGCAGCAGCAGCAACAACACCAACAGCAUCAGCAACAGCAGCAGCAGCAGCAGCAACAACAACAGCAACAGCAACAUCUUCAUGCCCAGCAGCUGUUGGCUCAGAGUCAGUUGCAGCAGCAGCAGCAGCAACAGCAGCAGCAACAUCAUCAGCAGCAACAACAGCAGGCAGCAGCAGCAGCAGCGGCGGCAGCAGCAGCAGCUGCUGGUGUGCAUGGCCAGCAUGGGGGACAUGUGACGCAUGAUAUUAGUGGGGCAACAGUCAUGGAGAUCGAUCCGAGCCAGAUUAAACACGAGCCGGGUAUGAUAAUAACGCCAGAGAUUGUCAAUAUGAUGUCCUCAGGACAUAUGGACAUGUACAACUCGGACACGAGCGAGGAUUCAAUGAUGAUUGCCAACGGCUCGCCGCAUGAUCAGAAGGAGCCGCACUAUACGAAUUUGGAUCAACAGCACGGUCUGGGUGGCAGCGUUUGUGGCCCGGGGCCCGGCGGUGCUGGUGGCGGUGGGGGCAUGAGUGGUGGGGCUGGCUCUGGCUCUGGCGAGAAAGGUCAGUUUAAUGGUCCCAAAGCUUGGACACAAGAUGAUAUGAAUUCAGCUUUAGAUGCAUUAAAGAACCAAAACAUGAGCCUGACGAAAGCAUCCGCCAUUUAUGGCAUCCCAUCGACCACCCUUUGGCAACGUGCUCAUCGCCUGGGCAUCGAAACGCCCAAGAAGGAGGGCGGCACCAAGUCAUGGAACGAGGAUGCCCUGCAGAAUGCCUUGGAGGCGUUACGUUCGGGUCAGAUAUCCGCGAACAAAGCGUCAAAGGCAUUCGGUAUACCAUCAUCGACGCUCUACAAGAUUGCCCGACGCGAGGGCAUUCGACUUGCGGCGCCGUUCAAUGCCGCCCCAACCACGUGGACGCCCGAGGAUCUGGAGCGUGCCUUGGAGGCGAUACGGGCGGGUAAUACAUCGGUGCAGAAAGCCAGUGCUGAGUUUGGCAUACCCACAGGAACACUUUACGGACGCUGCAAACGGGAGGGCAUCGAGCUGUCGCGUUCGAAUCCAACACCUUGGUCCGAGGAUGCCAUGAACGAGGCCCUGAAUUCAGUGCGCGUUGGCCAAAUGUCCAUCAACCAGGCGGCCAUUCACUAUAACCUGCCCUACAGCUCGCUCUAUGGACGCUUCAAGCGCGGCAAAUACGAUGUGGUGGCCAACACGAGUGGCGUGGCGCUGCUCAACACCUCGGGCAACACCACUGGCAGCAUUGAGAUUAUCGAGCACAGUCAGGAGAAUUCGUUGCAUAUGUUACAGCAACAGUUCCCGUACAGUCCAUCGCCGCAUCCGCCAACGCCGCAGCAUCAUAGUACGCCGCAGCAUCACAGUUCGGCGCAACAGGGUCCGCCGACGCCUCAGCACAUGCAACAGCACGUGGUACAUAUGCAACAGCAACAACAGUCGCCCCAUCCGGGCCAUCAUCCCCAGCAUAUGCAACAGGAUGUGGUUACAUCGAGCAGUCAGGUGGUGCACAGCCAGCAGCAGCAGCAGCUUCAGCAGAUCUAUCAGCACCAUGGGACGCCGGAGCGUAGUUGAGAAUCACUGCAUGCUGCGGCAAUAAUGGGCAGCACUGGCGGUGGAGGUGGUGGUGGAGUUGGAGGACCUAGUACUAGCGGUAGUACGGCGGCUAGCAGUACACCAUUUGCCAGCAUAUCGGCAUUGGUUAGCGGACCGUCUAGUGCUCCACCACCACCGUCGUCGGUGGCUGCUAGUGGCUCGUCGGCAGUCAGUGGCGGCACCAGCAAGCGCAAGAAAGCCAACAAGCAAAAGCGUUGAGAGCAGGAGGAUGAUGAUAAAGAUGAUAAUGAUGAUGAUGAUGAUCGGCCACAACAACAAGAGUUGGAAACAAUUGCCGGAGUGGCCAGGCCCGAGGACAUCAAGUUUAGAUUUAAUUGCAAGCACUGGAAACGCAAGCUGCGACAGUUUCAUUUGCUAUUGUCCAAACAGUAGUCAAAGUCAGUCAGUUAGGAAGAUAUAUAUCAUAUAUAUCUGUGACCCGCAGACAACCAGAAAUUCCCAAGGGUAGAAGGACAAAGCAAUCACAAAAAAAAAAAAUAAACGAAAAGAAAACACACUUUUGAACUAGAUGGACAUUAAUUACACAACCGAGAUGUGUAUAAAAUGUAAAUACAUAACGAAAUAUGCUUUAUCUACAUUAUACGGAACAUAGUUAUAUUAGGUUAUUAGGUUCGCAAAAAGUCCUUUGUUCUAGCCAAGUAAGUUUUUUGGAGAGAAGGAGAGCAGGAGAGAAACACACACACACACACAUAUUUUAGAUCGUAAGAGAAGAAAUGAAUUUUAGAAUUUGCCUAGACUCGAAAGAUAAUGAUGGAUUCGUUUUGGGCUCUCGCAGUUUUAAGAGCACUUUGUUAUUAAUUUUCGGACUUGUGACCAUAAUUCUGAGAACCUUGAUAGUUCCCCCUUCAACGUUUUAUUAUAAUUUUUGCUUAGUGUGAGACUGAAAGUGCGCCUAAAACUGUAGUGUAGAAACGCAAGCCCAAAACUUUAGUGAAAACACAACAUACAAACACACACACGCAUACAACACACAACCCAUACAUGAAUCAAAUGCUUUAUAACCAUAUAUAUAUUGUUUGAAUGGAGCGGAGAACGAGAGGGGAGAAUAUACCUUAAUGUAGAAUUAAACCAAAUUAUCAAGGUCUUAGUUAUUAAACUCAUUAGCAUGUAAUGACAACAGAUCAGAUGAGAGAGAGAGAUAGAGAGUUAUUUGAAUUUAACUGGAGGCGUCGUGAAAAUCAAUCGAUAUCGAUUUGAUUUCAACUGAAUUAAGAACAUAGCCAAUACAUAAAUGUAGUAAUGAAGUAAAAGUAAAAGUAAAACAUGGAAUGUAUUUUUGAUAGAAUCGGAAGCGAAACAAACUGCAAAUGUUGUUAAUGUUAAGCUCGAAAUAAUGUCCUUUUCGAAAUCGCAUUCAAAAAACAAAGAUUUAAAGCAAGCUUGUAAGAGAAAUCAACCAAUAAAUACACACACACGUA